UUCACUUUACAAUCUCCAGUCGCGCAACGGCCGAACCGCGAGGAAUGAACCACACGGGCCGCCGUAGUCAGCUGCUGGGAGCAGGAAGUGUCCGAGCAGCCGGCGGAGACUGCACGAUGGCACCGGACCCUUGGUUCUCUACAUACGAUUCCACCUGUCAAAUUGCCCAGGAAAUUGCUGAGAAAAUUCAACAACGAAAUCAGUAUGAAAGAAGAGGUGAAAAGACACCCAAGCUUACCGUGGCAAUCCGAGCUUUGUUGCACAACUUGAAGGAAAAGAUCGCCCUUUUGAAGGACUUAUUGCUAAGAGCGGUGUCAACACAUCAGAUAACACAACUGGAAGGAGAUCGAAGACAGAACCUACUGGAUGAUCUCGUAACCCGAGAGAGACUACUUCUGGCAUCCUUCAAGAAUGAGGGUGCAGAGCCAGAUCUAAUCAGGUCCAGCCUGAUGAAGGAAGAAGCUACGCGAGGAGCCCCCAACCCUUGGCUCUUUGAGGAGGCAGAAGAGACAAGGGGCUUGGGAUUUGAUGAACUCCGGCAACAGCAGCAGAAAAUUAUACAAGAACAGGAUGCAGGCCUUGAUGCCCUUUCUUCUAUCAUAAGUCGCCAAAAACAAAUGGGACAGGAAAUUGGGAAUGAGCUGGAUGAACAAAAUGAGAUAAUUGAUGACCUUGCCAACCUUGUAGAGAACACAGAUGAAAAGCUUCGCACUGAAACCAGGCGUGUGAACUUGGUGGACAGAAAGUCAACCUCAUGUGGUAAAGUAUCAGUUAGGAUACAUCCAGGUGCCAGGAUCAGAGAAUGGCUUCAGCUGCCUUACAAUCAUGGGGCUCAAAUUGGAAGUUUAUUUGAGGUUGUCAGAGAAGUGACAACUGGGAGGCAGGAGAUGAGCAGCCAUUGUCCUUAGAUGAGGAUAACCUGGGUUAGAUACUAAGUGUCGUGGGAGCUAUGGGAGAUUCUCAACAUGCUAGAUCCAGCCAUUUACUCCAAAAAACCAAGUAGAUGAAGUGGCGAAGUAGGAAAGG